AGCAUGCAUAUGAGUCAUGACCAGUGACCGAUGAUUAGUUUCUUUCCUUCGCUUUCUCCGUUCUACUCACUUUCUCUCUCUUAUUCUCUGGUCGCACCCAAAUCUCAAACGCAUUCCCAAUAUUUCUCUAUAGGUUUCCCAAAAAAACGUUCCUCUCUCGCUCUCCCUCCUCGUCAGAGUCGGGAGAAGUGAAGUAUCUCUUCUGUAAUGGUGUAGACGACGUCUCUGUGAGAACUGGUAUAAAAAACGAAGAGAGGAGAGAAAUUUGAAGAAAUUCUCAAACGAUCGACAUCUGCAGGUUUAUCUGCGCUUCGAAUUUCCUUUUAUGGUUUUUUAUUUUGUUUGCAAUGAAUACUCGUGGUUUCUAGGGUUUCUGUAGGGCUUUUAAAUUUAUGUUGAAGGUUUCUCAAUGCUGUUGCGAUGAUGCGAGACCCAGCUUCCGAAUGUAGUUUUUGUGGUUCGGAGGAGCGUUGGCUCCUUCACAACGUACGCCAUCGACAAAGCUUUCGUCGUGUCUGCACCUCAUGUGUGUUGAAACUUCACCCUGGAUCGUUUUGUCCUCAUUGUUUCGAGGUUUACGAGGGAUCUGUACCUCCUCUUCACGAGCGCGUUAUGUGUUUGAAAUGCUCCUCAGUUUCUCACUUGGCUUGCGUCGGGUUAGAGAAUACUCGUCAGUAUGUUUGUCCAAGUUGUUUGAACCCUAGUUUUUUGUUUUUCGACGUUGGUUCAUCGAAUAAGAAGAGUAAGGUUAGCAAUGGGGAAUCAGUGCCUUCUGGAAGUAAAGGAGUGAUUGAUCAGAAGUUGGCAAAAGUUUUCCUUUCUGCUGCUCGGAUUGCUGCUAGUUCAAUGGCAAAAGCGGCGGCUGCAUAUAGGGUUGAUGCAGAGAGGAGAGUUAAAGAAGCUGCCUUGACGAGGAAGAGGGCCAAAGAAGCACUGGAACGGGUAGCUUUUCUCAUGGCCAAAGAGGAAGAGAAAGAGAAAGAGGAGAGGAAGGGUAAGGGUUUGAUUGUUCAUCCGGCUUAUGCGAUGAAUAUGGAACAGUACAAGGCCAAAGGAAAUAGUGUAGUAGCCGCAGCUGCAGCGGCACAGAAGCCAAUUCAGAAAAAUCCCAGGACAGAAGGGAAGGACAAGUCUGGAGGGAUUCCAACUUUGACUAAUAUUGCGUCGACAGACAGGGAUGGAUGGGUUGGGGUCGCAGCUGCAGCGGCACAGAAGCCAAUUCAGAAAAUUCCCCGGCCAGAAGGGAAGGACAAGUCUGGAGGGAUUCCAACUUUGACUAAUAUUGCUUCGACAGACAAGGAUGGAUGGGUUGGGGUCCUUCCACCAAAUAUGGUGCAAGGGCACCAGAAAGGUGUUUCUGUCGAUCUCAAGGAUAAACUCAAAGGGCCUUCUGCCCAUGUUGUUGCACAUCAGCAAGUUCAAAACCCCCUUGCAGUGAGCCCAAAUCAGAAUUCUAGCAAUUUACUUAAUUCGCAUAACCAUGUUGUAGUGAAGGAGGAGAGUAAUGGGGUAUUACCUGCUUCUCCUGUUGCUGGACAGUUACAGCAUGCUAACAAUCAUGUUAAGGAAGAGCAUAGAGGAAAAUCAGGACGAUUAUUAGAUUCUGACAAGGGUUCCCAGCUACCCCAGUCAAAUCAAGAUCCAUUGGCGUUGACAACUAAUUCUGGGGUUCUACUUGCAAGAUCAUCAAAUACUGUGAGCUAGCUUCUUGCUAGAGGGAUGUUGAUUCAAGUUGAAAUCCAUAUGGAGUGUGUUUUCUGAGGAGUGUCAAAGCAUUUGAGAAGGAUUGAAUUACUUUUGAGCUUGCCGUAUCUAAUGUCGAAUUUCCUUUCUUUGCUGUUUAUUGUUGGAAACCACAUUGGAUUUUUUGGGAUUGAUGGUAAAGGUGGAACUGUGUUUGCCCAUCCAAAUUUUCUUGGUUGCAAAGGUUCUACUCUUUCUGAGUGGAAUAGAGGGGAGCUGUGCUGGGUAAAACCUUCAUCUGACAAGAUUAGAGGGAUGGCUUGCUUGUUGGGGUGUAGAUGGCCCAGGCCUCGGCCUAGCAUUUGUUAAAUUUUGAGUGGAUCUAGCCUGAGGUAUGGACUAAUGUAAUAUGAAGUGUCCAAAGUCCGAACAUCUUCAUGUGCUAGUCCAUGUAUACUUAUAUGUUUCUGGUUUUGAGUUCAGGGUGAUGCACUCAUCUCAUUAAUGAAGCUGGGAAACAAAUUAGCAUGAUCUUCCCCCCCCCCCUUGUUGAUGCACUACUCACGAGGUCAAUUAAGUUGUGAACUAUCUGCCAAAGAGUAAUUAGGUUUAGUCUUUGCUCGUCAUAGAUACUGCCCUAGUAGGCUUCUAUUUUUGUCUUCUGGUAAUCUUUAUGUGAGAUCUCAUUUAGGGCUGCAAACGGGGAGGGUGGGGUCAAAUAAUGGCCUUCCUUUCCUCUUAAUGUGAUACUGAUUUGAAAGGUUUAAACAUUACCAAAAACAGAACCGAAAUCAAAGAACUAACUUCCAUAUUUAGGAGAAAACUUAUAUAGCAGGAUUAGAUUAAUAGAUGGACCUGAAAAGUAGGUCGAGUCCUCCUUUUAAUGCUGGGGUUAUUUGCUGAAAAUUUCAGAUCGAUCCAAUGGGAUCUGGUUUUAUGAAGGAUUAUACUGUUAUUAGGAAAGGGACAAAACUGUCAAAAUAAGAUUCUGGUGAAAAGAUAAGGUUGCAGAUUCUUAAAUCCAACUCAAAACUGAUGUUAUGCUAUCAAAAUCAGAAGCAACAGAUUAGUAGAGAACAAAUAUCGAUUUCAGUAUUCAACCAAUAAACCAGUCCUACUUCACAAAUCAGCCAAUAGAGAUUAGAUCUGACAACAGAAUAUGAAAGCUAACAGUAUCACAUGAAAAGUUCUGCAAUCAGAAUUGAAACUAGGUGUAUAACUGACCUCCCAAAGCAAUAAUCCUAUUGAUUGUAGGAUUAGAAACUGCAGGAAGAUUUAAUGGCCAGAUUAGCAGAAACUUAAACUGCGGACAAUACCUUAAAAAAGAUUAAAGAGAAAGAGUAAGGGUAAGGGAACCAAGGUUUAAGAUCUCGCUCUUGCUCCCUAUCUCGCUAAUCCAAAAAAGAGAGAUCUGAAGAUAUCUCACCGAGAUCAUGUAUUUUUUUGUGGUCGUCUCGAUGGUUGGUCUCAAUGGCCAUAUGGUCUUUGUAGUCCCUGAAACUAGGUAAUUACCCUAUUUUAGGACUUCUAAACACAAUGGAAGAAUUAGUUUUUUAAAACAAUCAAACUUAAAAUGGUACUUUGACUUUGUACCCUAUGUAAGUAGUCCUCUUCGGACCCUAGACUAUUAUGCUAUGUUCUACAAUCAACAUAUGACACACCAUAAUCAUAAGAAUUUAAAAGACAUCAUAGAUAAUUACUUAAUUGAUUAACAAUGUUAUCAAUUAACGUUGAUGACUGAUGAGUCACAUUAACAUACAUUGAAAAUUUGAAAUGAUACAAGUUAAGCUACAUAACAACAUAAGGUCAGUAUGCAUCAUUUAUUUAAACAGAAAAAUAAAAACAUAAAAAAAUUUAAAAACAAAAAAUUAUUUCCCUCCAUGAUUCCAUAGAUCAGUGAUAUGGAUCACAUAUAAAAAAAACCAAUGUAAACCAACAAGUAUUAACGAUGUUUCCAUGAAAAAAUGGGUUUGAGAAGUUUUUUUAUUUUUUAUUUUUAUCUAAAAUGGUUUUUGAGAAGAAAAGUAACUCUAAAUGUGGAUGAGAGGUAAUAUUCUCUACUCUUUAAGCUCCAAUGAGUGUAGGAAUGGAGAUUCUCAAGCAAAAGCACCAAAAUUCUUGUUCCUUAGUGUUUUUUUUUUUUAGAAAAGUAGGAAGAGAGACGAGAUUUGGGGCAAGAUCUUGUCGUUUUUACACCUUGCCUGUGGUCUCGUUUCGUUAAAUUAAAAAAAGGAGAUCUUAGCGAGAUCUCGCCGAGAUCUUGGCCCAUGAAGGGAACAUGGGCUUCCCGCUGCAAAGUGUUUGGUUUGGAUCAAACACCAGCCAAGCGUUGAUCACACGCAAGGGGUUCUCCAUGCAAGGAAGAAGAGCAGCAGCUAUUUUUUCUGAGAAUAAAAUCGUGGCCUAGUCCAGCACUCGGUCUUUAUUUAUAAGGCUACCAAAAAGCCAAGUUAGAGUCUGACUAGGAAAACUCAGUAGCUGACUCCUAUUACAACUCAACACUUCUUUUUAAAGUCUAAGUGGCCUCUAAAAGGGAUGUGGGCCUAAACUUUAAAUAAAAGACAAGAAAUAAAAUCUCUCUUAAACUGAACCAAAACAAACCACAAGGUCAACUGGGCCAAACUUAACACACUUGGAACCUAGGAGAAUUAACUUAAAAGCAGGAAAUAAAAGAACUAAACAUAACUGGGUCCUGCGGUUCGUCUUACGAUCUGCAUCACCUCUCCCAGUCAAUACAUUGUACAUACAUUUUACCCUUACCUGUAAGUUGCGGGUAAGAGUACAUGUCAUUACCCCGUGGGCCCAUUAGCAGGUAAAUGCGUAUUCAAAUCAGAUUCCACCUAUUUUCCUAUCACUUAGUGGUUAGUAUAGUUAUUUACCAGUAUAUAUAGAAUUUUGCAUUGUUUGUUAGUAAAACCUAGUAUCUACCACUUUCUAUCAACUUGUGUAUACUAGAGAAUUGUGUCAAAUUCUUUCUCAAAGACAACUAAACGUUGAAGGGUGUGAAGCACCUGCAUGAAAUCCAUUCAGGAGGCAUCAUACUACAACUGAAUAGGCAGUGUCUACUCCAAAAAGGGGGAGAAAAAUGGUUGUCUGGCCCAAAAUUAUGACCAAGGGAGGAUCUUGUGGAAGAUAACAUUGGUUGCUAUUUCCUGGUGUAUUUGGGGGUGAGAUGCAGCGGCUGAUUUCUCAAGAGCAGGAAAUGUUAUUUUCAUGGAUGGUUAAGGGCAUAAUGCAUAGACUUAAUGAAUAAUGCUUCCCAUGUUAUAAUGAUUGAGACAGUGUAAUGCUUAUUCUAUUCGAUCUUGUGCUUGGUGGAUGCAUUAUUUAUGUAGGAUGCAGUCUUUGGGUAAUUCUCCAGAAUGGAAUUCUUUUGGUAUUGCUUGUUUUUUCUUUUGCUGCAUUUCGUUCGUGGGAUUGCCCCUUUAUCAACGCUUCAAUUAAGGUUCAUUCCACAUGCCAACUUUUUUGUGGCUCCACGCCCCCCAUCUUUUUUGUGUACUGAAAAGCUAGUGCCGUUUGAAGUCAAUGGGAAGAAUAUAUCUUGGAUCAGUGUCUAGUCAUAUAUCAUAGUAAUGAGUGUGGGCGAUCAAUUUUCAGACUAAAAUAGUUUGUGAUAUGGCCAUUUUAGAACUUAUUUGUGCCAAUUGCCACGCAGCUCAGAUGGCAAUAGACGAGGUGUCUUAUUGGAAAUGCCAUUCUCUUUGAAGGUCUCUUCCUAGAUAAUCUGAAAAGAUUAUGUUUAAAGAUUCACAGAAUGCUGGCUUUACUGGCUAGAAGUAUAUUGUAGUUGUAACUUGUGCUUCUUUCCCAUGAGUAAUAGUCUCCUCCUGGACAUUUUGAUAUUUUGGAGAAGGAAUCUGGACACUUGCCUGGAUGGCUUUCCAUUCGACUCAUGACUAGAUCUUGAUUGGUAAACAUGUGCAAUGAAUUGGAGACCUAAGGUUGCAUUUGUUUCACUGUAAAAUUUUCUGGAAAAUAAUUGUCAUUAAAAUUUUUAUUUUAUGUUUUUUAUCAUUUUCUUUUCUGGUUGGACAUUGCUAAUAAGCACAUUUGAACAUUUGAACAUGUGAACAUGAUUGAGUUCUCAAUUGAUGCCUAGAGUACCAAUGAUCAAGAUGAUGUCAAUAUUUUGGUAAAACAGAAUUUUGAAAUGGAUGUUGUUUUCUAAUCUUUUGUGUUGCAUGUCGCUCGAAAAUUCCCACUUGAUCCUUGUAUAUUUGUCUUUUAAUUCUUUUUCAGCAAGUCCCCUAGAUAAUUUUCGGGUACAUCUUCUUAUUAUUAUUUUGGUAAACGGGUGCAUCUUCUUGUUAUCAAAAUGUUGAAGUGAAAAGUUGUAGUCUUCUUUUGAUCGCCUCUUAUAUUAUUAUCAAAAGUUAUUUAAUGUCAUGGUAAGAAAAGGUUUUCAAAGUAAUUUGAAGUGACUUGUGCUGAGUAUUUUCUGAGCACGUAUGUGAAAUAACAGGAUUUACAUAUACUAAAUAAGGUA